UGUAAAUUAUAACUAGAUUACAGUAUCACACCUCUAAAGUAGGAGAAAUUAUAAAAACUUUAUUCAGGGUGGGGUGUCGUUUUUUUAUAAUAAACCAUGAAUAAGAAUGUAUUAAAGGCCGAGCAACGCUUAUCAAUCCUUGUUUGUUGACAGCCCAUUGAGUAGUUGAAUACUUCAUAGUCCAAUGGGCCCAAAAACUGAAAGCCCAAGUGGGAGAAAUAAAGACAAGUGGCCCUCUUGAGGCCCAAAGAAAGACUCUUUCAUUUUAUUUUUAUUUAUUUACAGUGAUGUAGUAAGUGUAAGAGAAAGCUUCAGUUUGAAAAUACAUAAAUAUCUAUUAAACCAAAUAAUUAGUGAGAAAAUACAAAAUUCUUUCUGUGAUCGGAUUUAAAUUUCGACUAAGAAAGCACAAAUCAAAUGUUCUUAAUUUUUAUUCCAUCAAGAAAGAUUCUUUAUUUUUUUUGGAACAUAAUAUUCCGUCAAGAAAGAAUUGAAAGACCCAGAAGAAAUAAAAUAGAAAUGGAAGAGGAAAUAUCUUACCAUAUGCCACCUUUCUGAACGAGAGGUUAGAAUUCAACCGCGCAGCGUCCAGCACCAACAAUGGCGGUACUCUCCUCCCUCCAAACAAACCCCUAUGCCUCCCACAUCUACGCCAUCUCUUCCAACCCCAUUCCACCGGCUCUACUCUACACCAUUCGCCGGCGCCGCCGCAAGCCCAGUAAUGGCCGAUAUCUCCUCGUCAGAGCUUACAUGGAAGAAUCCAACUCCAUUUCCGGUUUCGCCAACAAAGUCAUCGGCUCGCUUCCCGUCGUUGGUCUCAUCGCCAGGAUUUUCAGCGACGAAGGCGGCGUCGGUGGAGAUAUUGUUGAUUUUGCGGAGUUCAGGAGGAGAGUGGGGAAGAAGUGUUCCGUUAAUGAUUCCAGAGCCUUCUUCGAGUUUCAAGAACGGCGUGGAAAGCCAGGGGAUCCUCUGUAUGUGCUGCUAUGUUGUUGGCUAGCUGCAGUUGGUGCUGGUCUGCUCAAAUCUGAGGAAAUAUUGGAAGGAGUUGCCAGGCUUCGGAUUUCGGAUGAUAUUGAGUUUGAGGAGGAGAAUUUCAUUGCUAUGAUGAAUGAUUCAAGAGAGAGGCGAGCCAAGCUGAGAGCUCCGGUCCCAACGAUCCCGAUGGAAAUUCGAGCUGAGAAAGCUCUAGAAGCCAUUUAUGUGUGCUGCUUCGGGAGGGAUCUUAUAGACAAGGAAGACGAGGAACUGCUAUCCAUCAUCCUUAAUGCUGUCUUCCCGGCAGUGGGGCUGGCAGAGAUAGAAAGAAUUGUUAAAGAGAAAGUAAAGAGAGUGGCAGAAGGGACUGAUGAGAUCAAAAUACCAGAGCCAAAGCCCUUACCGAAAGAAGCUGUACAGCUGCAAAUGAAAGACUUGCAAUUUCUCAGAGAAGGCAAUACAGAGUAGAAGAACUGAGGAGUGAAGAAAGCGAGAAAAGUACCGUCCACAGUUGACAUAUAGGAUUUCUGCACUAAAAUGAUCUCAUGUAGCAUUUUUUCAUGAUGGUGUCCGUGUACUUAUGUCACCAAAUCAAAUCCAAAGACUCCUAGCAAGGUAUUGAGCUUGUCAUAUUGACUACUGGGCUGAACAAGGUUUUUUUGGAUAGUGAG